AUGCCACUUAUCCCACGCCACACUGGCUUCAUGCUAGAGAAACCACUGGAGUCAAUAUCCAUCCUUGCUCCAUUCUCCGCUCUUAUCCUCUCCAUAACCCUGAUAGUAUUAUUUAUGGUCCGCUUCUACAUCCUCGAGGGCUUUCUCAUAAAAUGGUUGUACGGAAUUAUCUACACAGACCUCAAUGAGAUUAAUCGGCGUGGCUUCAUCAAUCACCACAUCUCAGCAGCGACGAAGAUUGUCAUCUUGAUUCUCGCAGCAUACCCGUUUGUCUGCGUUGGUUUUGGAACUUCAUCGUUUCACACGCCUUUCGCUCAUGGCUCCAUCGUAACGAUGGGCGACAUUCUCAUCGUGGCAGCGCAGAUGUUGAUUGGCAUGUACAUAUUUGAGCUUAUAUAUCGCGUCAAGCUAUCUCCUGUCGCCGUGGCACAUCAUACUGGUACAAUCCUUAUUGGACAGUCUGCUACCGCGAUUAGCUUAAGGCUUCUGCGUGAGCCGGACGCAGAUAUUGAGUUCAUUCUGUGUACUGUUUGGGGUGCCUUCGACAUGAUUGCCGAGUUCUUCCCCCACGUUGCCAUCAUCCUCUACCGCGUUUACCCCGACCGCCACCACUUUCUCAGCCGUGUAUUUCUCGUGUCAUGUAUCACGACUGCAAUCGGCACAACAGGCGAGACUAUCGUUACAAUGUGGCUAUUUGGCAGCCUUUGGGAGCGGUGGCAGAUUGCCUUCAAGGUUGUCACACCUAUGCUGCAUGUUGCGUUUUCGAUUGCGCAGAUACAUGGUAGUAUGGUUUUCUGGCGCAUGUACAAGCGACAGCAGAAGUUUGUUCGGGAGGAAGAGGAGGGAGAGAGUAUGCAAGAGAUUUCGAUGUAUUUCGAUGAGACUUCUAAGCCAGCCAAGGCUUUUGUGUCCAUGCGGCUAUAA